AUGAACAAGAAUAAGAUCAUUGCAACUGGGAGUGUGUUCAUCGAGAGAAAGUUCAUUCGAAAUUGUGGAAAAGUUGCGCAUAUUGAAGAUAUCGUUGUCGAUUCCGCCGCUCGAGGGAUGAAUCUUGGGAAGAAGAUCGUAGGUUUCCUCACUGAUCAUGCUCAAUCGACUGGUUGUUAUAAGGUGAUUCUCGAUUCAGCAGCUGCUUCCCGACAACCAUUUUCAAGAGGUUUUAGGACUCCCCCAUUUAUUUCAUCAUUCCUCUUGGAAAAGAGAAGGAUCAAUGUCACUGGGUUGAUCGACGACGAAAACGCUGAAGCCAUAAUUUUUCAACUCAUGUACUUUGAGUACAGGAAUCCAAAAGCGCCAAUCCAAAUGAUUAUCAAUUCUGGGGGAAGAUUAAUAACUUCAGGACUUGCUGUUUAUGAUCAAAUGAAGGCGCUGAAAUGUCAUGUACACACUUGUUGUGUCGGGAAUGCAGCAUCCAUGGCUGCAGUGUUAUUGGCAGGAGGGGAGAAAGAAUUUCGAUAUGCUUCCGCGAACAGCUCCGUGAUGAUCCACUCUGCCAUAGGUGGAUAUCAGGGAAGCUCAAAAGACGUACAAAUUACAUUUAAUCAACUAAUGGCAGAGGAGGACAAAAUUGUUCUUGCUUUGGCAAGAGACACCGGAAGUUCAAUCGAUGUUAUCAGGAAAUGUAUUGAGAGGGAUAACUUCAUGUCCCCUCAACAGGCCAAGCAUUUAGGAUUGAUCGAUAUCAUAGGUACCCUUCCCCCCAUUCCCUCGCCAAAACAUGAACAUCCCAAGGCCGACAAUGAUAUGAAUUAG